GCCUGAGCGGAGGGGGCGGGGAAAGUUGCCCGGAGCCGAGUUGGCAGCUCCGGUCCGUGUGUGGAGCGGAGUGUCAAUUGCGAGCGGAAUUUCGGAGAGGAGAUCGUUUUCGGUGCUGGAGUUUAGAUUGCAAGUGGAAUGGAAUUCCAAAAGUAGCAGCCUGAAAUGUCUGUCUAAGAGUGGCAGCAUUGUCCCCUUGAGAUGAGUCAGACUGGUGGCUCUCAAUUGGUGGAGACAGGACAGACUAACAAGUCUCCACUCUUGAACAACCACGGCCAGCAAAGCCUCAGCCUGCAGCCUGAGAGAAUGUGCAGCCCAGAGACUGUGCCUGCAGCUCCCAAAAUUGGAGGGCAGACUCCAAGUCCACAGCUCCCUCUCUGCAUGGAUGGUGACUGGGAGAGCCGGGAGGAGCUGCGGCUGCGGGAGCUGGAGGAAGCUCGAGCACGUGCUGCCCAGAUGGAGAAGACCAUGCGCUGGUGGUCUGACUGCACGGCCAAUUGGCGGGAAAAAUGGAGCAAAGUGAGGGCAGAGAGGAAUAAAUCUAGGGAGGAGGUGAGGCAGCUGAGACAAAAGCUGGAGGCACUGACUAAAGAACUAACGACAGUGAAACGUGAAAAGCAGGAGCUUUCCAGCGAGAACGAACACCUGCGGUUGGAGGCUGAGCAAAUAAAGAAUGGUCAAUGCGAUGAGCAAAUACAGGAUAAUAAACUAGUAUUGGAGAAGGAGAGCGAGAGUUUAAAUGUUCCAGAGCAGGAACCAGUGCGAGAUAUGGAGACAAUGAAAACGUCCAAAAACAAGGAUGUUGAAUUAAUGGAAGCCAUUAUCAAAACUAAGCAAGAGAGCACAGAGGCCUGGGACCAGCGCAGUACUCAGAGUGUGCGCACUUCCCUCAGCCGCCAUGAGAGGAAUCGCAUCCUGUGGGAUGAAGUGACAAUCAUUGAAGAGGAUGCCACUAAAGUCACAGCAUUGCAGCUGCGUUUAGACGAAUCCCAGAAAACCCUCCAGAAAGAGAGGGAGGACAAGAGCGCACUCAGUAAACACAUUGAGAAGCUGGAAGUGGAUGUCAGCCAGUGGAAACUCAAGUAUGAAGAGCUGAACAAAUCGAAGCAGGAGGUGGUUAAACAGCUGAACAUUUUAAAAGAAGUCCAUCAAGAUGAGUUGGGUCGGAUAUCUGAAGACCUGGAAGAUGAACUGGGAGCUCGGUCCAACAUGGAUAAGAAGCUUGCAGAGCUGCGAGCUGAGAUGGAGAGGCUUCAAGCAGAGAACACAGCAGAAUGGGGCAAGAGGGAGCGACUUGAGACUGAGAAGCUGAAUCUUGAAAGAGAGAACAAGAAGCAGAGGGCACAAAUUGAAGAUCUAGUCGAAGUAUUGGCCAAAAAGAGGAAGCAGGCAGCGAGUGCCCUGGACACUGAUCUGAAGACCAUUCAGACUGAGCUUUUUGAAAAGAAUAAGGAAUUGUCUGAUCUCAGGCACAUCCAUGCCAAGCUAAAGAAACAGUACCAAGAAAAGAUGGCUGAGCUGGCACAUGCAAACAGAAGAGUCGAACAGCACGAAGCCGAAGUGAAGAAACUGCGCCUUCGAGUAGAAGAGUUAAAGAAGGAGUUGGCCCAGGCAGAGGAUGAGCUGGAUGAAGCUCACAACCAGGCCAGGAGGUUGCAGAGGUCAUUGGAUGAACAGACAGAGCAGUCUGAGAACCUGCAGGUACAGCUGGAGCACCUACAGACCAGAGUGAGGAGACAGCAGAACCCUCUGCUGUUUGGGAAAAGGAGUACUCGGUAUGGCCCAGAUGACCCCAAUGAGGUCGGAAGUGAUUUCGAUGAUGAUUGUGAGGAGUUACAGCUGCAGGUUCCAUGACAGCAAUUGGACUGAAGAACAGCGCGCAGAGAGAGAGGGACAUCUUGCUGGAACAGUCUCGCCCUGGACCAGAGUGAUGGCUGGGACAUGGCGAUGAGAACUGCUUACAGAGGGAAAGCUUUAAAUAGCAAUUGAAAAUCCAAAGUCUUCAGUGACUCCCAUCUAUUAGUUUCUGUUAUAACAGUGAACACUAACAGAUGAUAUAUGCCUUAUAAAAUAUUUGUACAUUUUAACAAAUCAUUGUAAACUAUAUAUUUAGACGAAUUUUCUAUUAUAAACCUGUGCAUUUAGAAAGUAAAUGUGUGUGUUU